CCCCUCAGCACCGCUAAGAGGGGGUGAGGCACAGAGGCUUAGUGUCAGCGCCGCCCAGAUAUGAGUCAGCCUGGUCACCCAGGUUGUGAAAACAACCCCUAGAACAGCCUUUGGGUUCUCAGUGUGGUUUGCAUGAAACGAAGGGAAAAAAAACCCCUACCCUGCAGAAAGCUGUCUGGAUUCAGAUAAGAAUUCCCUUUUACUUUUUAAUUAAAUCUUCACUGCAACCUGGUCACCAGACUUGUCACCAAUUCAUUCUAUUUUUUGUAGUAAAGGUAUAAAGUUCAAGAGAGGUUAAUGAUUGACGCAUACUCAUAACUGAAAGCAAAAAGGGCUUAUUUAAAAGACCUUAAGACAAAAGUAAGAAUUGGUGCUAUGGUAAUACUAACAAAAUGUAAAAGAAAAAGCAAAGCAGAGUGACUCUGCCAGGAGAUGAAGAGAUGAUUUUCACAGGAGGGUUAAAAACUCUUUUACCACAUGCUGUCAGAAAAUUAAUUCGAUUAAGCAAACUCAGCAUUAGCAAUACUUCUGGAAUGGCAGAAGGAUUUAAACAGGCAAAUGUUAUAAUUCUUCACAAAUCUCUUGCGGAUGACUUCGAAAAAUUUUGCCAGGCAAAUGAUGGCCCACUUCCACUACUGUAUAGAGGGAAACCAGGAGAAUGGAAAUGCCCACCCCUGAGCAAUGAUUCUGAUAUUAGAACUGACUGUCUGCAGUAUAGGAAAUAUGAGAAUGGCAUCUGUACAGGUGUUCUGACAAGCCUAAAAGAAUAUUCUGAACAGCUUAAAGACCUGGUAGCAUUUUACUUAGGCUGCAGUUUUACAUUUGAAAAGACACUCCAGAAAGUUGAUAUCCCUGUAAGAAAUCUGGAACAGAAAUGUAAUGUAAGCAUGUACAAGACUGCUGUGCCUUGCUGUGACACUGAACAUUUUCACUGUAAUCUAGUUGUAACCAUGAGACCUAUUCCUAAAGAAAAAUUAAAAAUGGUUGUGCAAAUCACCAAUCCAAUGAAAAAAUCACAUGGAGCACCAAUUCACGUUGGUAACCCUGUUUUGUUAGGAAUCCAAGAUCUUUCCAGUCCAGACUACGGUGACACAGUGCACGCUCACCCUGGGGAUGUUCCAGUCUUCUGGGCCUGUGGGGUGACAGGGAUAGAGGCUGUCAGCAAUUGCAAGUCUCCACUGGCUUUCACCCAUUCUCCAGGUUGCAUGUUCAUCACUGAUUUGAAAGAUGAGGAUGCUGCAUGUGAUAAAGAACUCCCUGAAGUCUACUGUAUUGGUCAGAAUCCUUUGCAUUACAGCAUCACAUCAGCAGCAGCUGUACAAAAAAUCAGAUGCCUAGAAGAAAUGAUAGGAGUAGACCCAGGGAAUAGAGGUGUGAAACAUCUGUGUACUGAGAAUGAACUUCUGAAGGCAUGCCUGUCCAUUUCUCAUGCCCAAUCAGUAUUGAUUACUACUGGUUUUCCUACGCACUUUCAAUACGAGCCGCCUGAAGAGAAUGAUGGGCCUCCGGGGGCCAUUGCAAUGGUUGCUAUAUUAAAGGCCUUGGGGAAAAACGUUGUUAUAGUAACUGAUCAAAGAGCUCUAGGUUUGAAUAAAAAGAUUAUCAAGGAAGCUGUUGAACAAGGGAUACUACAGAUGCCAGUCCCUGUAAUUAGCUACCAUAGGGAUUCUGCAGAUGCAGCCUUGCGAUUUUUAUGUGAAGAUGGGAAUAAAGAAAAGCCCCGAUUUAAUCAUCUGAUAGCAAUAGAGCGUGCUGGAAUGGCUGCUGAUGGCAAUUAUUAUAAUGCAAGGAAAAUUAACAUUAAACAUUUAGUGGAUCCCAUUGAUGAACUCUUUCUAACUGCACAAACUAUCCCAGGAAUUACUACAACAGGCAUUGGGGAUGGAGGAAAUGAAUUGGGAAUGGGAAAAAUGAAAGAAGCUGUAAAGAAAUACAUUAAACAUGGAGAAGUCAUAGCAUGUGAUGUGGAAGCUGAUUUUGCAGUUGUUGCGGGGGUUUCUAACUGGGGAGGCUACGCAGUUGCAUGUGCGCUGUAUAUCCUCAAUACAUGUGAAAUACAUGACCGCUACCUCAGAAAAGCUGUUGGAUUUCCCAGGUUCUCCAAGAAAGCAGGAUGGGCAUCAGCUCUACCUUCUGUGGCUAAGGAGGAAAAGUUGCUGAAGAUAUUACAGCAGAACCAAGUCCGUAGUGGAAAAACCGCCAGUCUGGCAAUGGAAGUGGAUGGUCUACCAUUCUAUGAUGUUCAUUCAGCUAUACUUGAGAAGCUCCUGGCAGAAACUCUGAAGUAAACCUUUCUUCCGACAUUACAAGGAGUGAUCAAAUGGUCAUUUUAAAAUCAGGUCUAUAUAAAAUUGUGAGGUUGGCUGCCCUCCUAUCAGCAAAUCUUUAAUUACUGCUAAGUCUACCCAGUGAUUUUGUGGCUGGGUAGAAAAAAAUAUUCAGUAAUCAUGCUAUCAAUUCAUACAUAAAUUAUUGAGUCUGUAAUUAUAUGAUACAUUACUGGAUCAAUGUCAGUGGAGGAUAAUAGUCUUUUAGAAUUCUGCCUUUUCAUACUGUUUCCAUAAAAUACAUUUGUAUGGAUAUCUGCCUUUAUCAUGUUUCACAACAAAUGUUUCUCUGAUUUAGACACAAUCCAUCUGGGCCACAUCCACUAAAUCCUACAUUAAAGCUAGAAUUUGGACUGUA